ACACACACACUCUCUCUCUCACACACACACACACACUCCCUCCUUGUAAGAGCCACUAGGAGGAAGUGAGAGUGAGUCACCAACACCUGCAGAAGUGCCGAGGCGGGGACUCGAACUCGAUCGCUGUGGGAGAAGCAGGAGCAGAAUCCACGGAGCGGAACAGACACGACCAAUACCACACUACGGUCCCGAAUUUGGCUGCAGAUCUCCAUGAUGAGUGUGAUUAAUUCCAGACUGUCCAAGCAGCAGGAGAUGAAGUUGUGUUCUCUCCUCUGUAAUGCUAAACUCAGUCUGCUGUACAAGGCCAGUGUGCACGGCUUCAGCAGCUCCACCUUCCACCAGAAGUGCGAUGUUCAGGGUCCCACUGUCACUGUAGCGUAUAAUAACUCGGGCUACGUGUUCGGAGCGUACACCAGUAAAGAUUACGCUCAGACGGGUCAGAACAUCGCUGAUGAUAAAGCCUUCCUGUUCAGCUUCAGCGAGCAUGAGGUUGAUGAAGCUCCUCUGCGUGUGGUGAGCACUGAACCUCAGCGAGCUCUUGUUGAUGGAAACACCGGGCCCAAUUACGUCUCCAUGGUCUUUCUGUACAACAACACUGCUACUGUGUACAGCAACCCAGGCACCUAUCGGUUCAACCCGGUGGAGAUGCAUGGAAACGACCUCCAGCUGAGCGAGUGUGAGGUGUACCGAGUGGAGGGGUUUGGAUCCCUCAUGGAGGAACCAUGGAGAAACAUCGAGUGGAGUUUGGAGAAGAGGAAAUCUCUGAUAGAUAUGAUCUCACGCUGGACUCCGAGUGUGAGCUCAGUGCAGAGAGCUCGAGUGUUGCUUGUGGGAGCAGUGGGUUCGGGGAAAUCCAGUUUCUUCAACUCAGUUAACUCCAUUUUUAAAGGUCACGUGAGCUGCAGAGCGAACACAGGCACAGCCGGCACCAGCCUCACCACUCAGUUCCGUGUGUAUUCCAUGAAAGCAGGCAGUAAGAUGUUGCCGAUCGUGCUGUGUGACAGUAUGGGACUGGAGGAGGGACUUAAUGCUGGACUGGAUAUUGACGACUUCACCAACAUCCUAAAGGGUCACAUUCAGGACAAAUAUCAGUUUAACCCAUCGAUGCCUCUGCAGUCAGAGUCUCCAUAUUUCUGUAAAGCUCCGUCUCUAAAGCAGAAGAUCCACACUGUGGUGUAUGUGAUGGACGCCUGCAGGAUCAAACUGCUGUCUGACAAAAUGAUCGAGAAAAUGACAGCUUUCCGAAAAGUUAAUCAAAUGGGAAUACCACAGAUGGUUCUCCUGACUAAGGUGGAUGAAGCGUGUCGCUCAGUGGGGGAGGAUCUGAAACACAUCUAUCAGAGUCAUUACAUCUACAAGAUGGUGCAGGAGGUGAGUGUGCGUCUGGGUGUCUCUCUCUCUACCGUAGUUCCGGUGAAGAACUACAUCAAAGAGCUGGAGCUGGACCCGUGCACUGACAUCGUGCUACUCAGCGCUGUUCUGCAGAUGAUUAGAACCGCCGAGGCGUACUUCGACGACUUCUCCUGCGAUGAAGAUUAUAGUCCAGAAGAGCAGAUGUCUUAAAUUUUUGCUACAUCCUCCUCCUCAUCAUCAUCACCAUCAUCACAAUAAUCAUCAUGUAAGCUAUGUAACAUGUGUAACGUGUAGAGAGAUACUGGUGAGGUCACGUGAACAUCGCUGUCCUUCAGGAGACGCAGAAUAAAAGAAUAAAAGCA